GCCUGAAAACGGAGGAGGAGGAUCAGCUUGGCGUUUGGGACGGUGGCGCGAUGGCCAGGAUGCAGACCAGACGCAGCACCGGCGGGUCGGUGGCCCAGUCCACGGAUACAGGGCCUAAAGCAUAUCCCUCCAGCACAAGCUCGAGCUCCAAAGAUGUCAGCAUCGAAGAGCAGCCGGCAGACGACGAGGGACCGAUCCCGCUCUACCAUCUCGACCUGGCCCUCAGCGACGAGCAUUUCCAGGCGGAAAGCUUCACAUACCUUCGUGAAAGUUUUGCGCAAUGGUUUCCCGACGCAGAGCCAGCCAUGCCGGACUUGUCUUGGUCCGAUUAUCCACGGAACGUGAGCGAAGCUGAAGCGUGGAAGAUGGUCAAAGAGGCCGAGACACGCCAUCCGGAGCUCAAGAACAUGGCAUACAGCGCUGCAGACAGCAUGGACGUGAGCGAGGACGAGGAGGAGCGUGAGGAACUGCUAGAUCGGGAAAAUGGGGCGCAGAUCUUGGCAGAUCGCGCAAGGGUGAGGCAAGAGCGCAGGGAAAAGGCUGUCAAGGAAGCACGGGCAAGGGAACGCGCCUUGUAUGACGAGGACCUUAGGGGAACAUCUGGAGUAAAAUCAGGGCCACCCAAGAUAGCCAGCUCCUCCUCACCGCUGGCCAAGACAACAACGACACCGUCGUCGAAGAAGAGGAAGUCGGAAGCAAUCGCAACCGGCAGCAGCUAUACCCUUGACUGCGAGCUGGUGGAGGACAAGAAGGACCGAAUGCUGUGCAUCGUCAUUUUUCCGCCGGUGGAUGUUGCGAGGAACUUCAUAACUCCCAAGUUCAAGUUUGGCUCUGUCGAGACCGAAGCCUAUCACCAAAGGCUGAAGAGCCUGACUCAAGGUCGAUUUGCGAAUGCUAGCGAAAAAGACAUAGAGGACCUGAAGCUCACCUCCAGGUGCGGCAUGGUUGUCGGCAGAAUUAAUCUCAGUCAGAUCAAAGGCUUGUCAAUCGCAAGCGAUGCAUACUCACGGGACGUCCUCACCUUUCAAGGAGGAACUAUGACGCUACGAGCGCCAUUCAUGCCUCAUGAAAACAUCACAGGCCCCAAAAGCCAGACACCUGAAGGCCGAGCGGUUCCUCGUCGCAUUGAUGCCGGUCUAUCUGUAACGCCGAAGCUACAAUGGCGUGACUUGGUCACUUGGAAGCACUGGGACUAUUGCCCACUUCCCUUUGCCCCGCCGCCAGAAAUCUUUGCAAGACUGCAAGUGGACCUCUGUCUCAGCAACAACGCCUUUCAGUACGGCACAGAAGAAGAAGACGAUGGCUUUGUCGAUGAGGUAUACGGACGUAUCGGCCGGGGCAAGAAGCUCGUCACUGCCGCCAAGGCUAUUAGCAAGCUUAUCAGUGAUGCUGUGACGCAUCCAAAUGGCCUCGUGGAAAUCAAUCCAGACGACCAGACGUACUUCUCAAGAUUUCCGAAGACAUUCUACAGACAAGAUUCCGCACCGCUUGGCAUUCGCGGACAUCCUGUCAAGGGGAAAGUCAAGCGACGGGAAAUUGACACCAACGAGAGCGAGGACCCGUUAUCACUGCCGUUUGACAACACCCUCCAGAGCACUCUGGAGGCAUGUCGUCCAGACCCCAACUAUCCAAUGAGGGAGCCGAGCGAUGCUAUCAUCACACCGCUGAUGCCAUUUCAGAAGCAGGCGCUGGCGUGGAUGCUGAGCAAGGAGACGUGCGUCGACGAAGACAGAGGCCUGCUUCUGCCCCAGUGGUUUCCUCUGAGGUCCAGGAAGUCCGUCGGCGGAACAAGCCCCGCCCCGCGAGCCAAAAGGGCUAAAUUGUCCGUCAAUGAAAAUCAGCAAGCAGUGGAAGCGAACGGGGUCGAGGUGGUAGAAGCGCGCCCUACCUCCUUCUACUUUGAUAUGACGACUGGUAUGACGACCAAGAAGCGCUACGAAUGCAGGGACAUAGAGGCCGGCGGCUGCCUGUGCGACACUAUGGGUCUUGGAAAGUCCAUUGUUGUGCUCGCAGCCAUUGCUACCAAUCCCUGGACGCCCGACCAGCUUGAUCGCUCUCGAUCUGCCGAGCUCAUCUCCAAGCUCAGAAGCUCCAACAACAAGCCAUUUACGACGCCAGCCACGCUCCUCAUCGUUCCCACUGCACUUGUAGAGCAAUGGCUGGACGAAACUCGAAAACACUGGCGCAGUCCGAGCAACAGGGAUGUUGUGCGGUGGCGUCGCGGUCGCACGCUCCCGUGGAGUGCCAAGGAAGAUAGGGCCAGGAUUCGCCGGAAAGCGCGUGAGAUACUCUGCAAUGCUGACAUCGUCAUUGCUACGUACGAAGACCUUCGAUGGGAGCUGCAAGAAUCCAAGAAAAGCAGCAAGCACAGCGACGUGAGGGCCAUCUCACCGCUUUUGGAGGUCAAGUGGCACCGGAUUAUCCUUGAUGAGGCCCAGAUGGUGUCGACAAGCAAUGGUCAUGCAGCUGAGAUGGUCAAUUCGCUCUGGAGGUCUAUCGGAUGGAUCGUAACCUCCACGCCAUUCUCUCGCUCACUAGAAGAUCUCUUUGGCCUGUACACCUUUCUCGACUCAGACCUCGCUUCCAAGAAGGUCUUUCAGGAGGUGCUUGCGAAUCCUUUCCGACAAGGCGAUCCUGAGGCGAUUCGAAGGGUGCGCCGGGCUCUGCCCAAGAUCAUGUGGCGCCACGAUCGUCGGCACGUCGAGGAACAGCUCAAUCUGCCUCCCAACACCACGAUAGACCUCGAAUUGGAGAUGACAGGUCUAGAAAGGGCAAUUUACGAGCGCGAGUACAAACACAUCCAGGCACAGUACACUCACCAACUCGUCCGUGGACGUUCGAGCAUUGAUCAGACUGGCUUCUGGUCAUUGAGACAGCUUAUUUCUCACCCGCAGCUAUCUCAAUCUCUUGGUUAUGGCGCGGGAAGCAAGAGAGCUACGUUUGAGCAGCUCUUCGAUAGGCUCCUGACAAAGAGCAAUGCAGAGCUUCACAGUCGUCGAAUGGAGGUCGUCUCGCUGAUCCUGACGCUGGCGUAUGGACACCAUGCGCGGCAAGAGGAAAAGAAGAAACGAAUGUGGAAGGGCGGCCCCGCGGUCUGGAGUCAGAGAGAGAUUGAGAAAAAUUUGCGAGAGGCCCGCACUGUCUGCAGUCAGAUUAUCGAUGCACAACAGGAGCAAGGGAGAUCAAAAGCGUCGAAUGGUACAAAAACGACUGGUGAUGACGACGAAUACGAUGCUGGGAAGUUGAGCUCGAUCAUGCGCCCACGAGAAGCGCUGUACUGGUGCGACUCUCUCCUUGGAGAAGAGCCCGAGCAUAUGCCUAAGCUGGAUCCCGAGAGAAUGACGAAACUCUUUUUCGACAAGGAGGUCGUUGAAGGGGCUAAGAUCGACAAAGAAGACACCAGAUAUCAUCCAAUGACGAGAGAAGAUGUGGGCGAAGACGAAGAAAUCGACUCCGAGGCAGAAGCGAUGGCUGUGUCGAUGUCAACAGCUCGUUCGAAAUCCAGAACCAAAGCAAGAGCCAAUGAACCUUCGGGAUCUACGUCGAAUGCAAGGGGUACUGAAGGAGAGUUUGUUCCGACUAUAAUCAAGCAACGCCUCCGUGGUGGCAAGGUGCGCAAGGGCCUGGAGGAGAAGUUCUGGCAUUUGGUGCCAAAGACGAAGCUGGAGACAUCAUUGAGCCAGUUGACAGCGGCUAAGCAGCUUCUAGCAAAGGCUGAAAGAGAGCAUCUCUACCUACGGAACCGUAUGCAGGACGAGAUUGGUCACCACGACCAGAAGCAUCCAGAGGGCGAGACAGUUGGAGAAGGCGAAGAAGAGGCAGAGCAGACGGGUCGGUCCUGCAUCGUAUGCAUGGAUGCGAUUCUCGUUCCCGGCAUGCUGCCAUGCCUACACUCGGCUUGCUACGAAUGCCUCGUCCAGUGCUGGAAGUCGGCGAGGGAAAAUGGCUACGACUCAAUCCUUGACCGUGGCAUGGGUGGUGACCAGUCGGAGUUCGCAAAGAAAGCUAGAUGCCCCUUCUGCCGUGCGCCCUUUAGCAGGAGCGACAUCACCGAGGUCAUCGCCGUGGCACCUUCGAACACAGAUGGCAGCAAUGAUGUCGAUGACGAUGCUGCCGGGUUUGGAGCCAAGAUCUCAGGCCUCGUUCGCGACAUUCGAAAGAGGAGAGAGGAAGACCCCAAAGUGAAGAUUGUGGUCUUCAGUAUGUUCAAGAAGUACCUCUCCUUCGUUUCAGAGGCACUGCUGGGCCUCUCGAAACCAAUUGUCAGCGUCGCGUUCAGCGGGCUGCCCGAGCUACAAGCAAACGCCCUGGCGCAAUUUAGGGACGAUGACGGUAUCGUCGUCAUGCUCGUUCCGAUGCGUCAAUCGGAGGGUGCAGCCGGCCUUACACUGACCAUGGCAUCAGUCGCUUACUUCCUGGAGCCUAGUCUCGACCCGGGACUGGAGCAGCAAGCCUCAGGACGACUGAAUCGGAUUGGUCAACAGGGCUCCAAGACGACGAACAUCCGUCUGAUCGUCAAGGACACCAUUGAGCCGAGGAUUGUCGAGAUUGCCAGGCGUCGCUUGCAAGAGGACGUACAGAAAGGCGGGGCGAGUGGGGCUUUUGCUUCUUCCAACGAUCGAGGCGAGGGCAGCAGCCAACGAGCAGCAGCAACGAUACUAGAGCAAGGAGCUGACGGCGGGAUGGGCAAUCACCUAACGGAAGAUGAACUUGCAUAUGUGUUUGACGUAGACGUGUCCGCAGCGAAGGAGAAGCGCAGGCAAGAACUAGAAGAGGCUAGAGAGGCCAACAGGACCGCGAGAGAGAACAGGAUGGCAAGAGAAGAUCCUCCCGGAUUCAGGAAUCCCGACGAUGAGGUCGAGGAUCCGUGAAGGAUCUUGCGUUAUCCCUUCGUCUCUCUUCGAAGAGGACAGAAGGACUUUUUGAAAGGAGACGCCCAACUCCGCAAAGCAGACUCUACCACAACCAAUGUACAGUACUGUACAGGAGAAAGCUUACCUACUCACCCCGCAAUCAGACAAGAGUCAACUAUAUGACUAGGGGCUG